GAAUAAACUUCCAAAAUUUGCAUGGACCUUUUAUAUAUCAUUGGUAAUUUAUAAACUCCCUAUUGAUCUCUAGGCCGUCCUCCAAUAUCAUCCGGUAAAGUUACAAAUUUGCAUUAAGUUUUCUUCACAAUAUGGUUCUCAGAAACCUCAAAACUCAAUUAUCCAUCGUCCUAUAUUUUUUCUCUUUGCUUUCCCAUCUUCCUUUUCAUCACUCGUUAUCGUUCAACUUCUCUGGUUUUAAAAACACAGACAAGCUAGACUUCUCUGGUAAUGCUUUCCCUGUAAAUGAAGCUCUACCAUUGACACAUAACAAUUGGAAUAGCACAGGCCGAGUUGUUUAUUCUGAAGAAUUGCUUCUUCAAGACCCCAUUUCAGGUAAAUUUGCUGACUUUACCACUAAAUUUUCCUUUAACAUUUCAAGCCUCUCUGACCAAGAUGGAGCAGAAGGUUUUGCUUUCUUUCUUCAAAAGAAUGGUUCUCUUCUCCCAAGCAAUGCUGAAGGUGGCUGCCUUGCACUCAUCAGCAACUGUUCCGAUUUCCAAACACCAAAGAACCCAAUAUUUGCCGUUGAAUUCGAUUCCUAUAAGAAUACGUGGGAUGCAAGUGGUAACCAUGUUGGUAUCAAUGUCAACUCCAUUCAAUCAACAAAAUUAGUGGAUUUGAGUGAAGUUUUGCUCGGCAAAACCAGAAUCAAUGUGACUAUAAGUUAUGAUUCUCAAAAAGCCAAACUGAAGGUGUUUUUGGAUUACCCUCCAAACCCAAUCGUCCAAGCUAACGACACCAUUUUCUUUGAUAUCAAUCUAACAAAAAUUCUGCCUCAUCAAAGUGUCUCGGUUGGGUUCACUUCUUCAACAGCUGUUUUCAGAUCAGCAGUCCAUAACAUAUUUUCCUGGGAAUUCGAAUCCGAAUUUGCACAAGAUAUUGGGUCAGGUAAAAAAGAUGUCAAUGUUGGACUGGUGAUUGGUUGUGUAGCCGGUGGAAUAUUUGUCUCAGUUUGCGGGAUUUUGUUCAUAUUGAUUUUCCUGAAGAAGAGGAACAGAACAAAACAGACAGAGAAAGCAAAGACCGAUCAUAAAAUUUCCAUGGAUCAAGAGCUCCAAAACGAUGUGGGACCAAAAAGCUUCUCAUACAACGAGCUGUUACAGGCAACAAGCAAUUUCUCAAACGAAAGAAAGCUCGGUGAAGGUGGGUUCGGAGGAGUUUACAAAGGAUUCUUAAACGACAUGAACAGAACAACAAUCGCAGUCAAAAGGGUAUCAAAAAGAUCCAACCAGGGAAGAAAAUUAUACAUUUCGGAGGUCAAAAUCAUCAGCAGAUUAAGACACAGAAACCUCGUGAAACUUCUGGGUUGGUGCCAUGAACAUGAUGAGUUCCUUCAGGUUUACGAAUUCAUGCCCAAUGGAAGCCUAGAUUUCCACCUUUUCAAAGGAAGAAGCAUGCUUUCUUGGGAAACAAGGUACAAAAUAAUCCUGGGUUUAGCUUCAGCGCUCUAUUAUCUCCAUGAAGAAUCCGAAGAAUCCGUGGUUCACAGAGACAUUAAAACAAGCAACGUAAUGUUGGAUUCAGACUUCAACACGAAGCUCGGUGAUUUCGGAUUGGCAAAACUGUUGGAAGAAGGGGCUGGACAAUUGACGACGGAAAGAGCAGGGACAUUGGGGUAUAUGGCACCCGAAUAUCUGAGAACAGGGAAAGCGAAUAAAGGGUCCGAUGUUUAUAGCUUUGGGGUUGUGGCACUGGAAAUCGCAUGUGGGAGGAGAUCCGUAGAGCCGAAUUUCGAAGAGGAUGAAAUUUCUCUGGUCGAAUGGGUUUGGGGAUCUUAUGGAAAUGACAAGGUUUUGGAAACAGCGGAUAAGAGAUUGGGUUCGGAGCUCGAGACGAAAGAGAUGGAGAGGCUGUUGAUUGUUGGGUUGUGGUGUGCUCACCCGGAUGCUAAUCAGAGACCUUCUAUCAGACAAGCUCUGCAGGUUCUGCAUUUCGAAGCGCCAUUGCCGAACCUUGCCAAGAAAUUGCCUGUUCCUAUUUUUCCUGUUUAUUCCGAUUCGGAUGGUCGCGAAGCGUCGGGUUCUUCAGAGGGUGUGGGUUCGGGUUCCAAACCACUGCAGCAUUCCGGUGAAGUCAUGUCUUAUGCCUCUUAUAAUGUUGGUCGUUAGAAUAGUAUCCUCCUUUUUUUUUCUUUUUUUCUUUUUUUUUGUAAGAAAAUUAAAUGUAAUUUCAUUAUAAAUCAUUAAUUUCAUUGGAAAAAAAAAAAAAAAAAAAAAAAAAAAAAAAAAAAAAAACCCAUAUUUUGUUUUUUUUAUGAAGCUGUAUAUUGACUCCGGAUUCAAAUUUAUGAAAAAUGUUUUCAAAGGAGCUUUUUUAUAUAGGCUUAGAAUUUGUUGAAAAAUGAAUCUUUCUGUAGACUUUUCCCCCAUUAACAUUUUAGAGAUUGCAAUCCAAUUUGUUUAUAUUUUUACUUGAUGUUUUAGAUACAUAGACAUUCAAUUUUCUAUGAAAUAGCUAGGCA